GCGCUGCAUUGUGGGAGUUUCUUCCUUUCUUGUUGCCCGGCCAUCUUGGAGGCGCGUCUCGGCUUCCGCCGGACCCGACACGAGGCAGCAACAUGGUGGCCGCGAAGAAAACGAAAAAGUCACUAGAGUCCAUAAACUCAAGGCUUCAACUGGUUAUGAAAAGUGGUAAAUAUGUGCUAGGGUACAAACAGACUCUGAAAAUGAUUCGGCAGGGCAAAGCCAAGUUGGUCAUCCUAGCCAACAACUGUCCUGCUUUGAGAAAAUCAGAGAUUGAGUACUAUGCUAUGUUGGCAAAGACUGGUGUGCAUCACUACAGCGGCAACAAUAUUGAAUUGGGUACAGCAUGUGGAAAAUACUACAGAGUGUGUACACUGGCUAUCAUUGAUCCAGGUGAUUCUGACAUCAUUAGAAGCAUGCCAGAGCAGACCAGUGAGAAGUAAAAGCUGGAGAACUGUCAUCCCUUCUAUAAUAAAACUGGUUAUAGACUUGUUUUAAAAAAAACACCAAAACCCUGUAUUUUGUAUUUAUUAUACUGUUGCUAGUUUGGAGCACAAGUUUGCAAAUAGAGACUGGUUACCGUG